AAAUAAUAAAAAAUAAGAAAACAUUGAAAAUCAGCAUUAUAACUAAAUUCAGACAUUUAUACGUGAAAUUAUUAAUCUAUAAGUAAAGUUUAAAACAGUUUGGUUUAAAAAGCAUUGAAAAAAUUAUCAGCCUUGGCCUUUAGAUAAAAAGAGGUCGUCUAAAAGUUAAAUCUGCAGAGAAAUUAUUUCACUGCCUGAUCGGUCGUGGGGACGUUUCGCAGAUUCCAACUUUUCAGGAUGGCACUCAACAAACUGAGCAUUGACAAGGUUGAUCUCAAGCAAAAAAGAAUCUUAAUCAGGGUUGACUUCAACGUUCCUCAAAAGGAUGGAAAAAUAACAAAUAAUCAAAGAAUUGUUGCAGCAUUGCCAACAAUUAAAUAUGCAUUGGAGAAUGGAGCAAGGUCAGUUGUUUUGAUGAGUCAUCUUGGACGACCUGAUGGACAGAAAGUUGACAAGUUCUCAUUGGCUCCAAUUGCUGAUGAGUUGAAGAAACUGCUCAACAAGGAUGUUACGUUUUUGCACGACUGUGUUGGCGAUGAAGUUGAGAAGGCAUGUGCUAAUCCUGCACCAGGCUCAGUCAUUCUUCUUGAAAACCUGAGGUUCCACAUUGAAGAGGAAGGCAAAGUGACAUUGAAGGAUGGAACCAAAGUAAAAGCAGACCCAGCAAAAGUUGAAGCUUUCCAGGCGUCAUUAUCAAAACUGGGGGAUGUGUACAUCAAUGACGCAUUUGGGACAGCUCAUAGAGCUCAUAGUUCCAUGGUUGGCUGCAAGUUACCACAGAGAGCAGCCGGUUUCCUGCUGAAAAAAGAACUUGAAUAUUUUGCUAAAGCUUUAGAGAAACCAGAAAAACCAUUUUUGGCUAUUUUGGGAGGUGCUAAAGUGGCAGAUAAGAUCCAACUGAUUGAGAAUCUCCUGGACAAGGUUGAUGAGAUGAUCAUUGGAGGAGGCAUGGCUUUCACUUUCCUCAAAGUUAUGCAUGGAACAAAGAUUGGAAAAUCUCUGUUUGAUGAGGAGGGAUCAAAGAUCGUUGGAAAGCUGGCAGACAAAGCUAAGAGCAAGGGAGUGAAGAUACAUCUGCCAGUUGAUUUCAUAACUGGCGACAAGUUUGCAGAGGAUGCUGCUGUUGGCUGUGCCUGCCUGGAAAGUGGAAUCAAUGAUGAUCUCUUGGGAAUGGAUGUUGGUCCGAAGACAGGUGAUGACUUUGCUGAAGCCAUCUUGAGAGCAAGGACCAUUGUUUGGAAUGGUCCGCCAGGAGUGUUCGAAUUUAAAAAUUUUGCAAACGGUACAAAGAAGGUGUUGGAUGCUGUUGUGGAGGCCACGAAGAAGGGAGCCAUCACCAUUAUCGGUGGGGGUGAUACUGCUACGGUCUGUGCCAAAUACAACGCUGAGGACAAGGUCAGUCACGUGAGUACUGGAGGAGGAGCUAGUUUGGAACUGCUUGAAGGUAAAGUCCUGCCAGGAGUUGCUGCGCUUUCUGAAGCCUGAUUGUUUUUCAUUCAUUCAUUCAAUUAUUUCUUCAUUUAUCUAUUUAUUCAGAAAGAUAUUUAAUUCAUUAUUUCAAAAAAAUCAUAAUUUUAAUGCAUUAUCUCACGAAGAUUUGUAAUUAUUUCACCCGCGUUGUUUCACUUUGAUAAUUAGUUGAUUGCUGAAUUAUCUUGUUUGGUGUAAAAAGUUUUGAAAUAAAAAGUUUUGUUACAACACCA